UUCACAGUCGCUCUUUGUGAUAACGAUGGAGAACAUCUAUCACACGGUGGUUAGGCGCUAUAUUCUCAAAUGUCGAAUUGCAACAAUGUUGCAGGCACGCGCCACGUCAUAGUAUGACUGCAACAAGGUAUCAACUACCUCGGUAUGUGAUACAUUGUUGCUUAGAAUAAGGGGCGUGCGUAGCAAGCGAUUGACAAAGUAACCUAAACAUAGUUGAUCACGGAUAUUUCUAAAAUGAUAAACAUUUCGACGGUAGUUUUCAUAAUGCAACUAUUCUAAUCUAUUUUUAUGUCUCAACAAGCCGAGUGUGCAAAGCUGAACUCGUAAACUAUGGAUUGGAAAGAGGCUAUCCCAUUUUAAAAGGACGAAGGAAGGGGGGUAAAAUCUGCCAUAGUAACACAGAGUCGAAUUGUAUGGUUGGGUGAAAGCUAUCUGCCUCGUGACGUUGUGCUGGCAGUGUGACUGGAAUGAGGAUUUGCUAAAUAGGGCUCUAGUGCCAGCCCGGGAGAGCAUGCAUAGGCUACCUAAAGGCGCAAGAUAGGUGACGCCACUUGUUGAGUUGCAUGCAAAGGCAUUAUAAAUUCGUGAGACAAUUUAGGAGCCGCAAUAAUUGUUGCUUUGAAAUCUUUGGAUGUGGAUUCUCAGUAAUCAGAAGCCUAUCAUCAACAUCUAAUACAAUUUACCUUGACGUUAAAUAACUACUUUUAGCAGCAGGGCUCAACUGCAUCUAACCAGUUUCUCUUUAGGGCUUGCUGGCAGUUUAACUCCUUGCACAAGUGGUAGAUAGAGAGAAAAAAAAGGUGAGCAUGCGCUGGAGGGGCUGUCGAAGAAUCGAGUAAAUAGAAUUGGAGCUGCUGGAGGCACUAGUGGUGUGUCGUCGGUGACGUCACCGCCCUACAUUGAGUUCGAGCUGUGAGUUGUAGUGCGAGAUAGAUAGAGGCGCGCCGUAGUAAAGUACACAACUGCAAUGAACUUCUCAGUGUAACUUGGCUGUUUUAAGGCUGCUUGGCUAGAGGGAAAAUACAAAAAUUAUUCGCGAUUCCUUUUUUUUCUACAGAAUAAAACGAAUCCCAGGGAGAUUUGGAGAAUUUGGUAUCCACUUUUCACGAAAACUAUGUCGUCCGCGGCUGUAGCUGCUUCGAGGAGGCAGUCAUGUUAUUUGUGUGACUUGCCCCGCAUGCCAUGGGCGAUGAUCUGGGAUUUUACCGAACCCGUUUGCAGGGGAUGUGUCAACUACGAGGGAGCCGACCGGAUUGAGUUUGUAAUUGAGACUGCCCGACAGCUGAAGAGGGCUCAUGGAUUCCAGGACGGGAGAUCUCCGGGGCCAGGCAAACCUCAGCACUCAGGGAAGGAAAUUCAGUCCCACAACCAUUCGGCUGGAGACCCCGGCUCGCGUCCGCCUCAGCCUCUGGAUCGCUAUCCCCUCUCUGACCGACCGCCAAGGUUGGGACCGGAGUACCAACCGGGGAGGCAAGUUAACGGCAUCCCUGUGCCAAAUGGAUUUCCAAAACCUGACGACCCACCGGAGCUGAACCGCCAGAGCCCCAACCCUCGCAGGACUAGCACGGUUCCUCCCAAUCUGGUGCCUUUAGUAAACGGAAACAUGGGUCCAGUACACACACUCAAUGGUCGGCCCGCUCAAAUGGGUAUGCCGGGUGCGUUGAAUGUUCCUGGUCAAGGCGACCACGGCAAGCGCGGGGAGGAUAUGAAAGACAAGCAUAGACCGGAUAGCAUGUCGGACAUGUCUGAGAGCCACAAGCGGGCGGAGGAGUGGAUGGGCAAGGGCAAAACAGUGAGGGAUUUGAUGGCUCUCCACACAUUCGACAGCAGGUUCAAGAAAGACCACGCGGCGAUGCAGCGCGUCAUGGGAUAUGAGACAAGCGCAACUUCUUCAAAACCAGACCGAGGGAAGCACCCACGGAGCAUGAAGAGGAAAGCCUCCCCCGAGCCCGAUGGCGAGGGCUCCGCCCCCAAGAUGAAUGGCGGCGAGGGCCAGCCUUGGUUGCCGUCACCCUCAGAGGUCCUCAAGAUGCCACCGGCAUCCCUGCCAGGCUUCUCUGCCGCUCCACCCUCCACCAUCUCCCCCCACAGUCGCACCACCCCACCGGAGGCGGCCACGGCACAGAACGGCCAGUCGCCCAUGGCAGCACUCAUCCUCGCCGCUGACAAUGCCGGCAACACUGGCCCGCCCAAGGACGCCAACCAGGUGCACUCCACCACGGCAGCGGGCCGGCGCAACAGCGGGAGCCCACUGUCCCCGUCCUCUGCAGGCCAGCGGCGGCUGACCCAGAGGGAGGUGGUGGCCACGGCCCACUCGCAGGGCAUGGACCCUCACGGGGCGCCGCCGCAGAGCAUUCCAGACUCGUCGGUGCCGGGCAGCGUGCCACUGUGCUGCACCCUGUGCCACGAGAGGCUGGAGGACACACACUUUGUCCAGUGCCCGUCGGUGCCCUCGCACAAGUUCUGCUUCCCCUGCUCCCGGGAGAGUAUCAAACAGCAGGGGGCCACGGGAGAGGUGUACUGCCCCAGCGGGGAGAAAUGCCCACUGGUGGGCUCCAACGUACCAUGGGCCUUCAUGCAGGGCGAAAUAGCCACCAUCUUGGCAGGGGACGUGAAAGUAAAAAAGGAGAGAGACCCUUGAUUUUACCAGCGUUUUUUUUUUUUUUUUAACUCCCACAACAAACAAAAACCAACAUGUACACCAUUACAACUGAAUAUAAAUCCUCGUACCAUGCAUACCAUCCACAAGAAACUGAUGGACGUGUACAUAUUGGACACAAGGGAAGUUGUAUGAUUCGUAAACAUGGCUGUAUCAUAUUUUUUUUUUGAUUAUUUUGUUUUUGUUUUUCAAUACAUUGUGUUUCUAUAUAUUUUUUUGAAGAUAAAGGUAUGUACUCAUCAUAACAGACUACUUUCCUCCUCCCCCUUUUUUCGAUGUACUUUUAGUUCUGGUGGCAGUCCCUGUUAAACAUAGAAUGUGACUAACUAAUAUGACUCUACGAGCACUUGGCAAACUGAAUUGCUUCUAGCUGUACUUGUAUGCACUUGUUUAAAAAAAAACUUGCCAAAUACAAUUUCUGACCUUGUAAUAAUAA